AUCCUUCUUCAGAAGCAUAAAAGGAAAAACCCAACUUUAACGUUAAACCCUUCCACUCAUGGCGUCACUCCCCCACCACCACCUUCUUCUUCUUCCCUUUCCCCGCCUCCAAUCCAAACCCUUCCCCUCCUUCCAACGCAACAUAGCCCCACUCAGAGCCUCCACAACCGAAUCCCCCACGCCAAAGCGACGCGGCCGAAAGAAGAAGCCCCCGCCGGAAAACGACACUCCACCGCCCCAAAACGCGGAGCCCCAAAAGGAACCCUCGGAGGACGACGAACUCCUCGACUACGACGACGGCAUCGACUUCCCCUACGAGGAUCCUCCCCUGGUGUGCUGCUUCGGCGCCGCGCGGAGGGAGUUCGUGCCUACGGUGCGGGUGCAGGCGUACCCGAUGCACCCGGACAUAUACUCCGAGUGGAAGAUGCUGCAGUGGAAGCCGCCGGAGUUCGCGCGGGCGCCGGGGGGGCCGCCGUCGAACGUGGCGGUGGCGCACGUGCGGCUGGGGGGGCGCGCGGCGUUCCUGGGGAAGGUGGGGGAGGACGAGUUCGGAGAGGAGCUUGUGCUGAAGAUGAACGAGGAGAGGGUGCAGACGCGCGGCGUGAGGUUUGACUCUGGCCGCAGGACGGGGUGCGCCUACAUGAGGGUGAAGUUCGAGGAGGGGAGGAUGAAGAUGGAGAUGGUUAAGGACUCUGCUGAGGACUCUCUUCUUGUUGAUGAACUCAACCUUGCUGUUUUGAAAGAGGCUAGGGUUUUCCAUUUCAAUUCAGAAGUUCUAACAUGCCCCUCGUUGCAAUCCACUCUAUUCAGAGCAAUUAAAUGGACUAAGAAGUUUGGUGGCCUUGUAUUUUUUGAUUUAAAUCUACCAUUAUCUCUCUGGAGAUCACGUGAUGAGACAAGAGAAAUAAUAAAAAAAGCAUGGAAUGAAGCAGACAUCAUUGAAGUUUCAAGAAGUGAGCUAGAAUUCCUUCUAGAUGAAGAAUAUUACGAGAGGAAAAGAAAUUAUAGGCCACAAUACUUUGCUGAAAGUUAUGAAGAAACCAAGAAUCGACAAGAGUAUUACCAUUACACUGCUGAGGAAGUAUCGCCUCUGUGGCAUGAUCGACUUAAAUUCCUGUUUGUGACAGAUGGAACACUUAGAAUUCACUACUAUACCCCUGCUUUUGAUGGUUCCGUGGUGGGGACUGAAGAUGUGCUCAUAACCCCGUAUACUUGUGAUAGAACUGGCUCAGGUGAUGCUGUUGUAGCUGCUAUUUUAAGAAAACUAACCACUUGCCCAGAAAUGUUUGAAAAUCAAGAUGUAUUGGAGAGACAGCUACGGUUUGCUGUUGCAGCAGGAAUUAUAGCCCAAUGGACUAUUGGUGCAGUUAGAGGUUUCCCUACUGAAAGUGCUACUCAGAAUCUCAAAGAACAAGUUUAUGUGCCUUCAAUGUGGUGAUAAAAAUUGUAUGUUUAACUUCAACAGAGCUUAGCAAGUCCCGAGGCAUUAGUUGGUAGUUAUUGUUUGAUUAUUUAUUUGGGUCUUCUCCGGAAGUGGAUCAUAUCAUAUCAAAUGGGAUCAAGAUUGCAAAAAUUGGUUGUGUAUUCUGCUCCAACCAUGUCAUCCCAUACCACUUUUGCAUGAGCAGGAGGCAGGUGUCAAUUGAAAAUUUUGUAGGUAAUUAUUGUAUUGUACACUAUUCUUGUAAUGAGUUUGCAAUUUGUGUUUCCAAUAAUAAUACUCUUCACUUUCUUCUUCAUUGUUUA